AUGGAAGGCUAUCAGCCUGUCAAUGCCACCUUGUCAUUUCCUAAGGCAUCCACCACCAAAAAAAAUAUAGGGAGAGUAUUCUAUCCAAUUGGGUAUGGAGCAGAUCCAACUGGCGCACAAGAGAGUCGUGAUGCCAUAAUGGAUGCUUUAUCCGACGCUUUUCGAGUGCAAAAUGGGCUAGAAUUGCUGCCUGAUGUCCAUGACUUGGGUGGUGUUGUAAUUGACUUGCAAGGUGGAAACUACAAGAUCAACAAACCCAUAAGGUUUCCUUCUGGUGGAGGCAACAUUGUGGUGAAAAAAGGGACAUUGCGAGCAUCGGAAACCUUUCCUGGUGAUAGGCAUCUUAUUGAACUAUGGUCACCAAAGUCUAGGAUGCAUAACAAAAAGGUUUAUUAUGAAGACAUCACCUUCAGGGAUAUUCUCUUUGAUUCAAACUAUAGAGGUGGAGGGAUUUUCACCAUGAAUUCAGUCAGAACUCGCAUUAAUAAUUGCUUCUUUAUACACUUCACAACACAAGGGAUUUUGGUCAAAGAAGGCCACGAGACCUUCAUAUCAAGCUCCUUCCUUGGACAGCAUCCAACAAUUGGCGGGGAUAAAAAUGAGAAUAAAUUUUCAGGCACUGCCAUUGAUCUUGAAAGUAAUGAUAAUUCAAUCACUGAUGUUGUAGUUUUCUCAGCAGCCAUUGGUGUUCUAUUAAGAGGAGAGGCAAAUAUUCUGACAGGGGUGCAUUGUUACAACAAGGCGAAUGUUUUUGGUGGCAUAGGAAUUAAAGUAAAACCGACUGCAUUUUUAACUAGGAUAAACAAUUGUUACUUAGAUUUCACCAACAUUGUCAUGGAAGACCCAGUUCAAGUUCAAGUCACAAAUGGGCUGUUCAUUGGAGAUGCCUAUAUAGUUUUACAGUCAAUCAAUGGCAAAAUCUCUGGAUUAAACGUUGUGGACAACAUGUUUAAAGGGGAAGGCAGAAAUUUGAACCCAAUAGUGGAAUUAGAUGGCAAUUUCACUAGAAUUGAUCAAGUGGUGAUUGAACGUAACAAUGUGAGGAGCAUGAGCUUGAAAUCAACAGUGGGGAAGCUAACCGUGGCCGGAAAUGGAACGAAGUGGGUGGCAGAUUUUUCGUCGGUGUUGAUAUUCCCUAACAAAAUUACUAAUUUCCAGUAUUCGUUCUAUGUUGAAGGUGUACCGACUGGGAGUGUAGUGCAUGCAGUGACCAAUGUAUCGAAUAACAUGGUGGUCGUGGAGAGCAACAAGGUCGUCAACGCAGUUGUUUCUGUGGUGGUUGAUCAGAGUAGCAUGGCUGAAGAGAUCAUCUACUAG